AAGUUAGAAAGUGACAUAAGAGUAAGUUUUCUACCAAACGUCAACGGAAAUAAGAACAAUUUGUAUAAUAAACUGGUCUUGGCUUUACUUGAAGUGCUGCCCUCUGAUGGUGCUUUAAAUACGAUACUCGCGCUUUUGAGAGACCCAGAUACUAACGAAAAAUUAGAAAAAGGUGACAAGUUGGACAUUUCAUCUGAAGUUUGGUCCAGAGUCGAAGCGCAGGAACUUAAUUUGAAAAUGCUCAGAGUCUACAGUCAAAAGGUACUGAAUCUUAAAGCAUCUGAACGUGCCAUUGUUGCUAAUGGAAGGGUACUUGGUCCAUUAAACGAAGAUGAAUUGUUUACAGGAGACGAUUUUUCCUUAUUGGAAAGAUUUACCGGUGCUUCAUAUUUAGAUAAGAUAAAUGCCGCUAUUGCGGCUACAGAUGACGACGAAGAUUAUG